ACUGUCGUAUACGCGGAUAAAGAAGUGGGGGACGUGGCUCAAAGCAAAGAAAACAACACAGAGCGGCGUUUGGGAGCCGAAGAAGGGAUACCAAGUGGCACUCAUGCUGCAAGGCAAAAAGGCCUCUGUGUACAUUGAUGGUACGUUUCUGAGGCAGGAAGAGGUGCCGUUAACGGGUGAGGCGCCACUUGAGCUUGUACGCUUUUGCUUUGGCGCGUGCGGUGAGGAUGCCGGCCAGAAAACUAAGGUGACGGUGAAGAACGUCUUUCUGUACAACCGCCCACUGAAUUCCACCGAGAUAAAUGCACUCAAGGACAAGGCCCACACUUUGAAUGGCCCGGGGGGAGCACUGGCGGGGUGGGCAGCUCUGGAGGGAGCUGCCGCCAGAGAACAUGCGGCUGUGGUGGGCUUGACAUCUGCUGGGAGCGGACUGCUGCCGCUGCUGCUUCUUCUGUUGGGACUGUGGGGCUUUGCGGCUGCGUGA